AUGCAAACCUCACCUAAAGUUUUAAGAGGUAAACCUUACUCUUUAGCUAGUGAUAUUUAUAGUUUUUCUAUGAUUAUGUGGGAAUUUAUAUCUGGAAUUCCUCCAUUUGAUAAUGAAGCUCAUGAUUUUUAA